CUGAAAAGUGAGGAUGACGGAUCACAGUCUGAUAAAACGAGCCAGAAACCGAAAUGAGGAAGAUUCGUUGCAGAAAUACAGAAACAGAGUUCUACAUUGUACAGAUGCAGAGCAGAAGCAACAUACAUGGCAUUUGUUGUCUGCAUCAGCAGUCUCUCAUGACCGGAAGCACGCAAUAUGGGCAUUUUGACUGUGUAGUCUGGACGCAGCUGGCAAGAUGUUUGCACUGCACAGAAUGAGAAGCAGCUGAAGUUUCCACCUGGCUUUAAUAACGGAGUCAUGAAAUCUAUGACUUCCCCACGAGAAAAAGGCAACACUUUCUUCACCACUUCCAGGUCUUCCCCCUCCUCCUCUCCUUCUGUUGAUAGCUUUGAUUACAAAGGGCUCUUACUCGUCUUCCUGGGACUCGCAGUGUUUAUCUCAUCUUGCCUGGCAGCAGCGUCUCUCUACUAUGUUACUGCACUAAAAGCAGAACUAGCAGUCCUAACUGGCAAGCUGAAUGGCAGGGUUCAGGCAAGGACUUCGCUUCCACGGCUCUUUGGGCCACCGGGAAAAACCAAGGAGGCCAGCCCCUUCGUUCCAUACUGGAAGAGGGCCAACGUGGCUUCUAGCCAGGGAAUUACUUUGGGAUCAAAUCAAGGAAGCCGAAACAUAAUGUGGACUGGAGACAGACACAGGGGGAAAAGAUCUCCUGUUCAGACAGGCGAAACAGUAUUACAGUCAUGUCUGCAAUUGAUGGCUGACAGCAAAAGUGCCAUUCAGCAACAUGAUGACUCAAGUAUAGUUCCAUGGCUUCUUAGCUUUAAAAGAGGAACUGCUCUAGAAGAACAAGGAAAUAAAAUACUGGUCAGAGAAACUGGCUACUUCUUCAUAUAUGGUCAGGUUUUAUAUACAGAUGAAAUGUUUGUAAUGGGACAUUUGAUUCAGAGGAAAAAAGCCCACGUCGUUGGUGAUGAUCUUAGUCUGGUUACAUUAUUUCGUUGCCUGCAAAACAUGCCUGAAAACUCUCCCAACAAUUCUUGUUAUACUGCUGGUGUUGCAAAAUUAGAAGAAGGAGAUGAGCUUCAGCUUACCAUACCACGGACAAGUGCCAAAAUAGUCUUGAAUGGAGAUGUCACAUUUUUUGGUGCAGUCAGACUUCUGUGAAGCUUUUUGUGACAUUAUUAAUUGCCUAGCUUUUUCCAGUGCUCCAAGAUAUUUGAGGAAAUAGGAAAUAAUUUGAAACAAUUAUGGUGUUUUCUUGCAUAUUUCCUCUUUAGUGAGUUGAAUGAUGGAAUAUUUUUUUAAACAAUGGUAUUAACUUAUUCAGAAAGAGGAAACCCUACUUAUGUUUGUCGUACACUACCCUCUCAUGUGUUGAUUACCAGAAAUGAAACUUUACUUGUGAAAAUAUAAAUAGCCUUAUCAUGUAAGAAGAGUUGAGCUUCUGCUGGAUCAAGUCUGGAGUCCAGCUUGUUCACAGAGGUCGUCCUUCUGAGCCCAACAAAGUCACAGGCAAGGCAAGGUGUAGCUAUCUCAACUUUCCCUACAUUCUCCCCAAGUAACUGCAGCUGGAGAAACAAGGCUUGCAUCUUGCAGCCAGCAGAAGAGGAAGGAACGAAAUCAUACUGCAUCUGAACAUCAUCAUCAAAAGUGUCCUACAGAGAGCAAUAAAAAUAUGAACUAUAGCAGGAAGUAGUAUGUCCUCCUUAGGACAUGCAUAAAUAUGGUUCCAUAUAUGUUCAUAAAUCAAAAUAAUGUUGGUGUGAUUUUUAUGCAAGUAACUGUACCAGGCUACUGUAUUUAAAGGGCUAAGCAAGUGAUAAGGUA